AUGGAGGUGGAGGUAUCAGAUUCGACUGACUGGUUGGGAACGCCGCUCGCCAGCUUGAAGUCCGUCGAGGAGGCACUCCGCUGCCAUGUCUGCAAGGACUUCUUCACAACACCGAUGCUUACCUCCUGCAGCCAUACAUUCUGUUCGCUUUGUAUUAGGAGGUGUCUUACCGCCGAUAGCAAAUGCCCGCUUUGCCGGAAGACUGUCGACCUCUCCAAACUGCGGGGCAACGGUGCCCUGCGAGAGGCAGUCGAAGCAUUUAGGGGAGUCCGAGAUAGCAUUCUCAAAUUCGCAAGAACGCCAACGCCGGCUCUACCGAUAUCUCCUAAGAGAAAAGCGACCGAUGUGGACAACUCCGACGACGAGUUUCAGGAAAGCAAACGGCCAAGGAGGUCUACGAGAAAUCGCAAGGCAAGGGAACCACAAGCAUCCAGUCAACUGACUAUUGAGGAUUCGGAGGGUGACCUGCAAGAUGACAAUGAUGGGGAAGAUGAAUAUGUGCCAGAGCCUACCGCCAGCCGCUCGAUCACCUCUGCCCUGCGAUCACCCUCCAAGAGACCACCAGCCGCGGCUGCCAAGGCCCCCGAGCGUCUCCCAACUCUUCAAUACUCUAUGGUGAAGGAUCAGGCUCUUCGGAAAAUCAUGCGAGAGCUGGGUCUGUCCACUGCUGGCAACCGAACGAUGCUCGAAGCAAGACACCGAGAGUGGCUCACACUUUGGAAUGCGAACUGCGAUUCUGCCAAUCCCAAGACCCGCGGGGCUCUAUUUCAGGAUUUGCAGGUGUGGGAAAGGACUAUAGGCACCAUGGCACCCACCAGCUCCAAAGCAGCCAGCACAGGCGCUCAAAUCAAGGACAAAGAUUUUGAUGGUGGCGCUUGGGCGGCAAAGCACGACUCUUCCUUUAAAGACUUGAUUGCGAACGCGAGGAGAAGUAGGCAAAUUGCUGAGCAAAAGGCCAGAGAGGCUGCUGCCGAAGAAGCUGCGAAACAAGAAGCAAGCUCAUCAGUCCCACAGCCUUCGGUACCAAAAACGUCGACACCAUCAACGGCGGAAUCAGCCCCUUUGCCACAAACACCAGUGUUACCGGUUCAACCGCCACCACACCCGUCAUACUCUCACCCGGAGCGUUGGCAACAUCAACCCCAACCAACGCACUAUCAACAGCCAUAA